UCGUCGCCGUCGCUUUCGUGCACUAGAGCUCCGCACCCAUUUCCGCACUCUCACACCAAGUUAAGUUGCCCGAGCACCUCAAAUGCCGCCGUCGACGAGAGCUCCGGCGCUCUUCUCCACAUCCAAGUUUGCCGGCACGGAUUUGUUCAGGAAUAAAGGCGGUGCGUAUCACCUGCAACCUUCUCGUUCGUUUUGUUUUUCUCUGCCUCGCAUCAUUCGACUGUGCUUCACUGACCUGAUUUGCGACCAAAAUCCCCAUGCUUUCACCACGGCUACUAGUCCUGGAAGUCAUGAUGAUCCACAGCUGCGACAAAUGCAUCUUUGUCAAAUCGAAAUACAUCCUUGCCCUCGAUCUGGCCAGUGCAGCAGCAAACCACCUGUUUCCGCACGGCCAAACGCAACGAGGAAAAGCACGGCCGAAAACGACCGUUCGCGUUGUUUUGGAGACUGAGGAGGGGACUGAGGACGCCGAGAUGCCUGAUUAUUCGUCUUUAGACCCAACGAUAGCAGACAUUGCCAGAACAAUGGACCACCAUUACGCCGUCCUCCUCCACCUGCUGCGAAAACACGGGCUGGUUGAAAAACUCCAACCCCAUCUUCCUCCCAGCGCGAACGCCGCCACGCUUACAAACUGGCGCACCCUCUCCCUCACCCAGCUCCGCAGCGUCCUCAUACGCCUCUUCACCACCAUUUCGCUAUCACCGCCCAAAAACCCUGCUCUCGCCAAUCACUCACAUCAUCGGAGCGCAUCUACAACAGCCCUUCAUGAGGCGGCGGGAGGGUGGGCAACCGCGACUGCGACCCAUCGCUCGGCGUCUAUGACGGAUCUUGUCGGUGUGUCGGUGGCUGAUGUACGGGGUGGUGGUGAUGGUGGCGGCGGGAGGAUGGGAGCGUCGAGAGCAGGGUGGGAGUUUUAGAGUAGGGGUAGAUGUAGUUAGGGCAUUAAUCAGCGUAUCCGGCUUCAUGAUAUUCACUCAGUUUUCC